GUGUUUUAUUCCAAUCUUUCGCUUAAAAUGGGAAAUUCUUAACAUUUUGGACUAUUUCGUGAGUGAUAGGCAUAAAUUCAAUUACUAUCGUCGUAGCCCUUGGAAAAGCAGAUCGGGAAAGUGCAAGAAACGUGGAAACCCGCCUCCAACUGCAGCGUCAACAAAAAGCCGGUGCUGAAACUUAAAAACUCCGAAUCCGUUUGCAAAACUUAGCGGGAAAAUGGAUAUGAAAAGCGAGAUACUGAAGCGGCUCUCCAAUCCGGAGCGCGUAUUCGCCGACAACCUGGCGUACGGUGUAAAGUUGUGGAAAUCCGCCAAUUUCUACUACAUGUCGAAGUACGACGUUAUUUUCGAGUUUUUCCUCGAUGGAUUGGCCACGUUUUAUCGCGAAUUAAGCACGCUGGACGAGCAACAGUUUAACGAGCGUUGGCAGAUCGUCAACAACUUUCUGGCGCUACCGUGUCCGUCGAACGCGCUUCCGGCAACGAUCGUGGAACGGCUGCAGUCCAUUCUGCGGUCACUUACAGAGCAAAUACCGAACCGCCGGGAACAGCUGCUGGAGAGCACACUGACCGUCUCGUUCGAUGGAAAGUUUAAGAACUUUUACAAAUUCGAUUUCGGCUCGUACGGAAAAGCGCUCCGGGUUGCCCUGGAAUAUUACAAAAAGUGUCUCAAAGAAACCAGACCGAAGGAGGAGGAAGAGAAGCUGAUUGAUCGUAUUUUUAGUGAUGUGAAAAUUUACAUCAAAUCCGCAUCGGACGAUCCAAGUUGGACCGAGGCGUUUGGUUUGAUCCUAACACCCCUCUCGGAGGUGGUGCUGUCGCUGCAAAUGCGUGGCAUCGAUCGGCACGAGGAACUGAUGGAGUGCUUCAAGCAGGUUUACUUUGGCGAGGGUAAAGCAUCGAACUAUCACCGGGUGGUCGAUCAGACGAAGAAACAUCUCUUCAUGGGCUGCUUCGAUAUGAACGUGUUACCGUUGCACGUGAUCGCGCUACUGAUCGAAGGAUAUCUGCGAGCGUAUCGAGAGAUGAAGCUCGAGGUGCUGCUAUUUCUGAAAUAUUUCCUCCUGCAUGCCUUCGUCGACGAGAGCCGCUCAAUUCUGAAGAACACGCGGCAGAUAUUCGCCGUAACCAAGUACGUCUUUGCACUGCUGCGCAAGUACUUCAUCAAAGUUGAUCAGCAGCUAGUGAUGGACUUUAAUUUCACCGAACUAUUCACACACAAGUUGAAGGAGUUUAUCGAUAUCUGCGCGGCUUCCGAUAUGCUGCUCAAGGAUCUGUUCAGUUUAAUCUGCACAAUCAACGAUUACAAUCCACUCAUCCUCGAACAAACGAUCGUCGGUAUCAUACUCAAGACGAUGUUUCUGCGAAAGGAUCCGGAAACGUUGCACCACUACCAGUGCAUGCUGAUAUCCACGAUGAAGAUGUAUAUGAAGCUGAACAAGAACGAAAACUUCCGUGCCGAGUUGUUCAUGAACUUGUCGGAUCAUCUGGAGGCAAACGAUUUGAAUGCGACCAUUCGUGAGUUAAGAGGAAAGGGCGCGGGGAAGCGCAAGAGCAAACUUGGAACCAGCGAGGCUGAUACCCCCUCGAAGAAGAGAAAACUGUUGAAUGGAACCUCCGAAGCGGUGAACUCGGAAGAUGAUCAAAUGUUCCUUGAUCAUCUUCUCGCCGAGGAGAAGAGCUCAGGCGAAGAGAGCAAGCCGGUCGCCCGGGUUCAGUUACAAAAUCUGUGUCCCACACUGGCAUUUGCCUGGCCGGAUGUAGACGGUCGUUUGAGUGAAGCCAUGAUGCAGUACAUUAAAACGUUGUUAACUGCGCGAAGCUUCGAUUAUUGGGAUGCGAUGAUAGCCAUGUUGAAUGAAGCCCUCGAAACACCCUUGGACGAACAUACGGAGAGCAGCAUCUUUCAGUUCGAGCUGACCAUGUGCUGGCUAUGCUAUUAUUUUGCUGGCAAUACGUUGAUCGAGCAUUCGAAUCUAUUCUGGGAGAAACUAACAAAACACUUUGAGGAGUUCGAUGCAACGCUGUCGAACGUUUCCCGCACCUUGCUACUUGGAGAGGAGAAAAGUGAUGCUAGGUUCUACGCUGCCUUCCUAAAGAUGGUCUAUUUCUAUGCCAACUAUCGAUUGAUGGUAUGCUACUAUCGACCGGAUUCGAUCGAGACGGAAGACAACCAGCAAGUUCAUUCCUACCUCACGGAAGCCGAGUGGCAAACGCUUGAAGAACGGCUUGCGGUGAAGGAUAAACCGCUUAUGAAUCGUAUUAUUCUACAAAAACUGCGUGAAAGUGAUCUUACUGGCAAUGAAGCGUUUGCUGCAGCAUCCAAUGAUCGUCAAGCGGUGAUUGACCGAGUGAUAAACGAUCAACCGGGUGAACAUCUACGCUGGGUAUUGCUCGAUCGGUCGACAAACGUUUGGUUUUUGGCGCUGCUAUCCCGACAGCAGCAGGCUAGUGUGGCCGAUUAUUUGUUGGACCGUGCAUACUGUCCGCUGGAAGGGAUAAAGCAAAUCCUAGCAGGUAUUACCACAAACCAUGAGUUGAUAGAGGUGUUUAUGCUGACUGCAUUUAAACGGAUAACGGAGCACGUAUUGACUGGAUGUGAGAAAGCUAUUUCUCGUAAAAUACCGUUCGACGAAUUGCUCGCCGGAACUGCGGAAGAUGUAGUUCCUCGUUUAAAAAAGCUCCUUGAGCGAUGCGCAAGUAAACGGUCUGAUGGAAUAACGGUUGAACUAGCAGAUAUAGAUGAGUUGGAUCAUCUGCUGGCUGUGCUUGAUGAGAUAAGGAUCGAUGAAGUAGAAAUCGAACGAAAAGUAGUGCUCGUUGCCGUCAAUAUGCUGCUGUAUGCCGAUAUCAGUGUUUCAGGAAGCGAGCAACAGAUAGCUCACAUCCGUAAUCAACUUAUGAGACACAUCAACCUUGGAACGGUGACUAACAUAUCAAGGUUUGCUAGGAUUGAAACCUUGGUGAGUUUGUUCGGUCAAUCGCCGCUAUUGGCGGUAAUUAUACGUCAGCUGGCAACGAACCUAACGGAAGACGCGUUCGAAGAGUUCAAAUCGCUUUUGGAUAGUUUUAAGAAAUGCAAAACUGAGCGAUUCGCACUAUUGUUGCUAAUGUUUAAUUUCCUCCAAAAGAACAAUUCCAACAAGCUAAAAUUGGUCCCCGCCGAUCAACUAGGUGCACUUUUGGAUGAUUUUGUUGGCGUAAUUGAUGAGUUCGUUCUGCAGAAGCUUCCGAAGCAACUCAGGAAUACGGACGCUACGUGUUUCGAUCACUGCCUCGAGGGUUGCUCGUUAAGUAUUCGUUACAAGGCGACCCGCAAAAAGGAGCUGGAAGAUAAGCUCCGUGAGCAGUUUAUGAUUUACAUAGAACAGGCUCGUAAAAUUUCUAGCUCACCCUCCAGCAAUCUGCUGACGACUUGCUUGCAGUACAAAGCGUAUUUGAAGCUCGAUGAUACCCGUCUCAACGCGAUUCUCGAGAACCGGUGGCAAGCUUUUUUGAAGAUGACCCGGGAGGAUACUUCCCCAAACAUGAAUUCGGGCCAUGUUAACGUGUUCAGCGAUGAUGCCAAACCGUUAAUCAACAGCGAGAGUCGACAGCAGGAGCAAGCCAUUAAAACGUUUGUCGUAUCCUUCACCAACCAUCUAUCUGCGGCCGAGUACGCCAAAAAGCUGCAGCACCUUGACUCGAUUGCGUGCGAUGUUGGUGGUACGGUCUCGUUACGAUCGGUGCUACGUGCUUACGCAAUGCUAGCAAAGCAAGGUUUCAAUGAAUCCGUUGGAGAUGAGACGAAUCGUGCCUUCGUUCGCAGCUUCUCGGCAGUGGUUGCUCGCGAUGUUUUGGGGCUUUGUGUGAUGAAGGCGUUCUUGCAAGACCCUGCACUGUUGGAAGAGAUUCUGACCUGCUUUGCGUCCGUUAUUGGCACUAGCUCGUUGACGCUGUUACCGCCGGUAAUGGACAAUAUGCUGCAGUUUUUGAGUGCAAUCAACAUUCGCAAGUAUCCUUUGCUGGAAGGCGAAGAGCAAAAGUUUUAUAAAUUGCACCGAUUGAUGAGUGAAGUUAUGUACAUGUUGCUUAUUACUCGACCAAACUACGUUGCUCACCGGUUGCCACAGUAUCUGCACGUGUUGCAAGGGCUGAUUGGAUCGAUUAUUUGUUACAAGGAGAGCUUCCCUGCUACCCAGAGUUUAAACAGUUUCGAAGUGCUCUCGAUCUCGGAUCUGCUCUUGCCAAUUGAAAAAAUAAUGAACACGGCGGUGAAGAAGCUGGAAAAGGAUCUACGCAUCCUUGCGCCUUACACGUUGGCUCAGAUCCUGCACACGAUCAUCCAAAGCAAACGGCCAACGACCCUGCAGGAACGUAUCGCACGGAAAGUGUACAACGUGUGCUUUGAACUCAUCGCCGUCUACGAUUCACACUCGUCAUCCUAUCUACUACGCACAAUGGAUGAAAGUAGCCGCCUACUAUAUACCGAUGUCGUGAAACAGUACAAGAAGUAUCGCUCGUUCAAGGGAAUGGCCUAAGGAUCGAAGCAAUCGGUCCACGUGAGUAAUCCGCACCAUACACGCUCCAUGUUGUAUCUUAAGCGAUAUAAAACAAUUUCUGCA